UUCAGUCCGGGUAGCUUUGUGGGUCGUUUCUGCAAAGCAGGACGUGUUGCUUUUUUUUUUUUUUUUUUUAGGAAAUACCGGACAACACUUUCCUCUGUCUAACGGGAACAGGAGGAGACUCCCUCAGAUUUAGCUAAAAAAAAAAAAAAGAAAAAGAAAAAGUCAAGUGCGGACCCACCUGCGCCUGCAGCAGCAGCAGCGGCUGCGGCGUCACAACCACCGCAACCUCCACCGGCUGCGUCUGUCUCUCUACAUACACACAAAGACAAGAAAACAAGUGUAGUCUGCUCUGUGGCGUGAGCUGAACCGAAAAGAUGAAACUCUGUCUAAUCAUCGCCUGGUUUGCGAUUUUAGGUUGCAUUCAGGCUGUUACUCUCGAGGUAAAAGAAGGGAACUCCACCUGCAUCAAGGCUGAGCUUUCUGCCUCAUUCUCCAUCACAUACAACACCUCCAACAGCACGAGGACGGCGCAAGUCUCUCUGCCCGACUCUGCCGCAGUCGAUACAACCGCCAGCUCAUGCGGGACAGACGGCAGCUCGUCGUGGUUAGUGGCGGUGUUUGGACCCGGCCACGCACUGGAGCUGAGCUUUUCAAGGAAUGAAAGUGUGUACAGCGUCGCUAACCUGACGCUGCAGUACAACCUCAGCGACAGUUCAGUCUUCCCUGAGGCCAACAGCUCCGAUGUGGUCACCGUGGUGUCAUCUUCAGUUGGGAUCUGGGCAACGAUCAACACCACCUACCGCUGUAUAAGUCCCAGCACUUUUGGAGUCAGUGGAGAAACUGUCACUUUCUCUAACAUGAGGCUGGAGGCGUACAUGCCAGGAAAUGACCUGAGUUCAUCAGAAAGUAUAUGUAUGGCAGAUAAAGUCAGUACUACAGCUCCACCUACCACUGCCAGCACCGCUACAACCGUAACUCCAGCACCAACCCCUCCAGGAACACCUAAACAGGGCACGUACUUUGUGAAAAACCAAAACGACACUGCAUGUCUCCUGGCUCACAUGGGACUGCAGCUCAACGUCUCCUAUUUUUCUCGAUCUCAGAAUAAGACUGUCCAAGAAUUAAUGAACCUGAAUCCUGAUCAGACAAACGCGACAGGAUCAUGUGAAACCAGCAGUGCUACCUUGUCUUUGAAACAGGAGGAAAUCAUCACGCUCAACUUCACCUUCACUCUGAACACCACAAGCAACAAGUACCACCUGGGGGCAAUAACUUUGUUUGCUGAUUGGUCGGAUAUGACUGCUCCUUUCUCAGCCAGCAACACCAGUCUUAACUACCUGCGCAGUACGCUGGGCCGCUCCUACAUGUGCAACGCAGAGCAAGUCCUGGAUGUGGUGCCGACCUUCUCCCUCAACACAUUCAAAUUACAGGUCCAACCCUUUAACGUCACCACAAACCAGUUUGCUACAGCGGAGGAGUGUCAGAUGGACCAAGAUCAGAUGCUCAUCCCCAUCAUCGUUGGAGCAGCUCUCGCCGGCCUGGUGCUGAUCGUCCUCAUUGCAUAUCUAAUCGGCAGGAAGAGGAGCCACGCUGGAUACCAGACCAUCUGAGUGGUCACUUGAAUUUUAACUUUAAACCUGACAGACUGAAUGGUGGGAAGAUGAACCCGAGUAUGUGAGCGUGCAGGUAACAAGACUGUGGACAGGAGGGCGUGAGUGAAUGGAAACAGUCGUUACUCUGUGGCGAGUGCAUGUUUUUUGCAGAUCCCAUGUGAUCUCCUGGAUAUUAUGUUUUCCUUCCACUUUCUCUGUGAGGUGAUGAUGAGAAGCAAAAGACCUGCUAACUUUAGAUGGAUGUGCAUCCUGAUGAAACCAGAGAAGAACUUUGCAUUUUCGAGGAUGGAGGCAGUUUGAAUUUGCUGUAGCAAGUUCACCGUCAGCUGUUUAUUCGUGUGUCAAUAUGUGUCUAGGAAUUGGUUGAAUUUGCUUGAACUGCUGUUUGUCAUUUUUAGCUCUGUAAUUAUUUAAAAUCCUGUGCGAUUAAAGAGGCAGAGGGAGAGUCAAAUACAAUGUAAGACAAAUAUAAUUUUUUUUAAAGUUCCGAUAGCUCGCCUGCUGUUUUUAAUAGAAGGAUGUCUGUGCAAGUAAACACAGUUUAAGUUAUGCCUACACGUGCUCACCACCAUUUAUUUUUAACUUCAUGAACAUACAAUAAUCCCAGUGAGGAAAAGGGAAAGCUCUGAAGGUGUGUGUUUUCCAAUCAUAUUCCUUCACAGUGACGACUGAGAGGAAGCCACAACUGACCCAAUAGUUCACUGAGGCACAGUUUAAUCCGAUUCAUCAAACAAAGUCUGUAAUCGUGAUGAUAAAAAAACAAAAACAGGGAUUUGCUGUUGCUGCUGCUGCUUUGUGUAAACAGUGUGACUCUGCAUUACUAAAAAAAACAGGUGCAUGGGUUCAUUUUUUUAUUCUUGCUUUCCCCACCCUCUCCUUAAAGAAAUGUUAAUAUGAAUUGUAGUGAUUUGAUUGUUUAUUUUUAUAGAAAAUGGCUUGAUCUCGUUUUCUAUUCUGCAUCUUACUGAAAGUUAAUAAAAAAAUAUGAAAAACUCCA